GCGGAGCUUCGCGGAUCGGCUUCGAUCCGUUUUCGUGAUUGAGCCAUGGGCCGCGUCUUUGCGGCGCUGAACGAGCCGAGAGAGCACUGCGCCUUUGUGAUCGCGCGGCACGACAAGCACGGCUACCUCCUCUUGUUGAAAGACGUGGACCAGAAGCGCUAUGAGUUGCCUGUGGGCCGCUUUGUGCAUAGCGAGGUCAAAGGAGAGGAGUACUACGAGGCAGCGAAGGAGGCGGCGAUUCAGGGCCUCCUGGCGCACACGGGCCUCGACUUCCGAAAGCGGCCCGGGCGGCUGAGGCACAUGCGCUUCCCCGCGCAGGUCCAGGAGAAGAUGGGCAAGAGCAGCUUUUUUGAAGUGGUGCUUACGGACGCGGACUCGCUCCACAGCUACAAUCACAACGUCUUGACCAACUCCUUGUCGGGGGAGCCCAAAUUUCUGCUCCGCAUAUCUCAGGACCACGUGGGCUUCACCUUCCAGCGCGACUUGCAGAACGCCGCCGCGGCCCUGCAGAGCUCCGGGAGGAGAGUGGCCAAGGCGCUGCUCGCCUCUUCAGCGGUGUACACCCCGCAGAACUGCUGCUUCGCGGGGAUUUGCAACAUCCUGGGCUGGUACCUCUGGUCGGGCCAAGAGAUCCCCAAGACGGCGGACGCCUGGAAGGACGCGGGCUUCACCUUCCGGCCGCCGCCCGUGUGGCUGCUUUGAGAUCGACGGGAAGUCUUUCGCGCGGCCGGAGGAAAAAUUCCCGCCGGCGAGCAGGGGAAUGAACCAGCUUGGGGGCAGCCC